UAUUUUUUUUCCGAUUUUUGCGUUUGGUGUCAGCGCAACCAUCUACAUAAUGAGUAGGCGAGAUUUUGAAAAAUACCGUAAUCCCGGUUUCGAUGCAGGCUUUAUCGACGCACAUCCCGCACAGCAAGCGGAUGUGUUGAGAAGCGCAGUUACCCCAUAUAGAGGAAGACCUUUCCGAUGGCAGAGAGGUAAUAGACGUGGAAGAGGCCGCCAGCAGUAUCAACAGCGCCGCAAUGAAGAUUUCCGGCAGAAUAAAUCUAAGAUCACAGAACAUGAUUUAUCAAUGGCUUUGAAGAAUAAACUAUUUCCUGGUAUUAAAGAUGGACAGACAGCAGCAGAAAGAGUGGAAGCUGUAAACACACUUAAGGCUAUAACCAUUUGCAUAACAACAAGAACAAUUGGGUUUGGAACUACACAUUUAUUUGCUUGUUUAUACGAAUAUAACAAUGUGCCAGUUCGAGGUUCGAUAUACUAAUUUUAUAGAGUAGGUCUAGCAUUGGUAAAUGUCAAAGUACAAUUAGUACAAAGAGGAUUAGCGUGCAUUACUAGCCCUAGUGAUAUUGACAUUAGAGAUUUGGAAAUUCAUAAUCUCUUGAAAAAACGGUUACAACAAGAUUGUUUUCAGUUGUGAUUGCCUGCGAAGCUAAAAAUAUGAACUAGCCGACCAAUCAGCGCGCGCUUGACGGCAGGGGGCAGAGUCUACGCCUGUCGUAAGGACUUAUCCCCUCUCCAGGUAAGAACCGGUCAAUAUAAAUAGAGGCCGCCGUCAUUUCAUGAGCAGUCAGACUUUAGUUCGAAGAUGGAUCUGAUGGUGAAUGAUGCGAUGCUUG